CCUGAAUAUUCCCUCUACGGUAAAGUAGUUAAAUGUCUCGUCCCGAUAAACAGUGUUGUUUGAAAAUAGAUAUACAUGUGACGGUACGGUACGGUGAAAGAAAUGUGUUUGAACUUUCUACCAGAAGAAUUUUAAAUGGCUGCAGGAAAUGGUUCGGAUAAUGAUUGUGUAGAUUUUAGAGAUGAAGAUUCUGACAGUAAACUUACAGCCAUUUUGCCUUGGGAUAAGUUUUCUGUAUGGAUUCAUUGUGUAUGCAUAGUUACAUUUGAUUUGGAACUCGGACAAGCAAUAGAGACAAUCUAUCCAUGCCAUGUCCAACUAUCAGAGCAAGAGAAGUCAAACAUAUGUUACCUCGCUUUCCCAGACUCUAAUUCUGGCUGCAUGGGAGACACACAGUUCCACAUGAGGAUACGACAGUCUUCUGGUCACAGCAACUUAUUGCCGGAACACAUCACUUACAAUCAAAAAUGCCCUGUUUAUUUACAAGUUGAUCCAGGGUAUUUUUAUGGUUAUGUUUAUUUUCGUCAAGUGAAAGACAAAUCUCUUCCACGAGGAUAUUUUCAGAAGAGCUUUGUCAUGAUAUCUCGCCUUCCAUUUGUGAGACUUCUCAUGGAGGUGUGUGCGCUUAUAGCGCCUAGGUAUUUUGAGGAUGGCGAAGCAAGCAUUGAAGCGGCUACUCAUGAAAUAGAUCAGUGGCCAAGCCCAAUGCCUGGUGAAUUGCUUACGCUAACUCUUUUGGGAACUGUUUUCCAGGUUCAUAUUCCUGGGCAGAGUAAUAAGUCUGGCGCUCAAGUGUCCCCCAGUUCGACAAGUGAACAUUGCAUUUCAGCAAAGGCAUACACGAGUCUAACACUGAAUGUUUUACCAUCACUGUGUGAAGUUAAUAUAUUUAAAUGCUUUUCCCCUGUAAUUUCUCACAUUCAUCUUCUUUGGGAAUUGGUGCUAACAGCAGAACCUAUUGUGGUUAUGGCAACUUCUCCAACUAUGUGCUCUGAAAUGGUUCAGGCAUUGAUAAGCAUGAUUACACCACUCAUGUACUGUGCAGAUUUUCGUCCAUAUUUUACUAUUCAUGAUAGUGAAUUUAGAGAGUACACAACAAAAUCUCAUGCACCACCUCCAGUAAUUCUUGGAGUAACAAACCCAUUUUUUGUAAAAACUCUUCAACAUUGGCCACACAUCAUCAGGGUGUGUGAAUCACCAUAUUUUGCAACUUCAACCAAACACAAACCUAAAAACGGUAGUAAUGUGAAGCUGGUGGAUUCUAAGCCUGGUGUAUACACACAUUAUCAACCAUUUCUCCAUAAAGACAAGAAUAUUUUAAAGAAGCUGUUGAAAGGAAUCCAAACCAAACGACCAUCUGAAGUGCAGACAGCUCUGUUGAGGAGGCAUCUUCUAGAAUUAACUCAAAGUUUCAUGAUUCCUUUGGAAAGAUACAUGGCAAGUCUGAUGCCUCUACAAAAAAACAUUUCUCCAUACAAAGCGGCACCUGUUCCACAACCAUUCAAUCCAGAUGAAUUUUUAGCUACUCUAGGAACUUCGGGACCUCAGCUAACCACUGGCAUAAAGGGUGAUUGGAUGGGUUUAUAUCGCCGCUUUUUUCGUUCAACAAAUUUCAGUGGCUGGUAUAAUGCUCGUUACCAUGAAGUGCAUCAAAAGCUCCAAGCAUUGCAACUUGAAGCCUUAUCAUUUGCUGACAUGAAAUUAUGGGUUCAAGGCAAGCAAGAAGUUGAGGUCGUAGAUAUGAUUUUAACUAUCCGUCGAAAGUUGGAGCAGAGUGAAAUAGAAAACCUGCCCCUUAGCGACAGUGUGCGUGAUCAGUUACAGUCACGUAUGGCAGAUAUUAUCUGUACUCUUCCCGAUGAUCUAAAGACAGUGUUGAAGACCAGCUGAUGACAGCUGUGUUUGGCGGAGUCUUCCGCCACUCCUGAAUCACCAUACGCUCUACUUAACUUGGAUGACCAGAAAAAGAAAACUAAAAGAAAAA